GAAGGGCGCUUGGACCCCCACGGCGAUCUGUGUUUGGGUUCGGACUCUGGGAGGAUUUUGGCUUUGCUCGCCUUCCUCUUUCAGAAGACUCGAGAUCGGCCAGCAGGUCUGCGAGAUUUGAAACGCGACUGUUACUCCUUGUUUGCCGGUUCUGGCCGCGGGAGCCUCUCGGGAAGCGUGGAAAGAAGGGUAGGGCGUAUGCCUAGUGACCGCCUCUGGUUGUGGGGCUCGCGCCUGGCGCAGCUACGUGGAGUCGCUCUCUCUUCGUCACUUUGGGUUGCAGACUUGUUGAGUAGAAGUGCAGACUGAUGCUUUAAGACUCGGGGAAAGGUCUUUCCCUUAUCUCCACCCCAUCAAGCAACCCAGAGGCCUUGGAGAUUUGUCUUGUUUCUAGACACGUGUACUCGAAUGUUGUGCGGAGGACUUAAAUAUUCGAGAAGGGAGUGGGAACUCCUGGAAUUUCUGUGUAUUUCGAAAGCUGACUUUUAACUACCGGCAGCGUGGGAUUCGUGAUUGUUUUUCGCCAUCGUGUGGCUCCAACAUGUACUUCCCUUCUUGGUUAAGUCAGCUGUACAGGGGUUUAUCCAGACCCAUCCGAAGGACCACCCAACCGAUCUGGGGUUCUCUCUACAGAAGUCUGGUGCAGAGUUCACAGAGGAGAAAUCCAGAAUUCAGUAGCUUUGCUGUCCGGACCAACACAUGUGGAGAGUUGCGUUCAUCUCACUUAGGCCAAGAAGUCACCUUGUGUGGAUGGAUUCAGUACCGAAGGCAAAACACAUUCUUGGUCCUAAGAGAUUUCCAUGGGCUUGUUCAAGUUGUCAUUCCGCAGGAUGAGUCGGCAGCCUCUGUGAGGAAGAUUUUAUGUGAAGCCCCUGUAGAAUCUGUGGUGCAAGUGUCUGGUACAGUCAUUUCCCGUCCUGCAGGACAGGAGAAUCCAAAAAUGCCAACAGGUGAGAUUGAAAUCAAAGUUAAAACAGCUGAACUUCUGAAUGCCUGCAAGAAGCUGCCCUUUGAAAUUAAGGACUUCAUGAAGAAAACAGAGGCUCUUCGGUUGCAGUAUCGCUACUUAGAUUUGCGUAGUUUCCAAAUGCAAUAUAACCUGCGACUGAGGUCCCAGAUGGUCAUGAAGAUGCGGGAAUAUCUCUGUAAUCUACAUGGGUUUGUGGAUAUAGAAACCCCCACAUUGUUUAAGAGGACCCCAGGGGGUGCCAAAGAGUUUUUAGUACCAUCCAGGGAACCUGGAAAGUUUUAUUCUCUCCCUCAGAGUCCUCAACAGUUUAAGCAACUUUUGAUGGUUGGCGGUUUAGACAGAUAUUUUCAGGUUGCCCGAUGUUAUCGAGAUGAAGGUUCAAGACCAGACAGACAGCCUGAAUUUACUCAGAUUGACAUAGAGAUGUCUUUUGUAGACCAGACUGGGAUCCAGAGUUUAAUUGAGGGUUUGCUCCAAUAUUCCUGGCCCAGUGACAAAGAUCCUGUGGUUGUUCCUUUUCCCACUGUGACUUUUACUGAGGCGCUGGCCACCUAUGGAACUGAUAAACCCGACACUCGCUUUGGAAUGAAGAUUAUAGAUAUCAGUGAUGUGUUCAGAAACACAGAGAUUGGAUUUCUUCAAGAUGCACUUAGUAAGCCCCAUGGAACUGUGAAAGCCAUAUGUAUCCCUGAAGGAGCAAAAUACUUAAAAAGGAAAGACAUUGAAUCCAUCAGAAAAUUUGCAGCUGACCAUUUUAAUCAGGAAAUCUUACCUGUAUUCCUUAACGCCAAUAGAAACUGGAAUUCUCCAGUUGCUAGCUUCAUAAUGGAAUCGCAAAGACUGGAAUUAAUAAGACUAAUGGACACCCAAGAGGAAGAUGUGGUCCUACUAACUGCUGGAGAGCACAAUAAAGCAUGCUCUUUGUUGGGAAAAUUACGACUGGAAUGUGCUGACCUUCUAGAAACAAGAGGAAUGGUGCUCCGUGACCCCACUCUGUUCUCUUUUCUUUGGGUGGUAGAUUUCCCACUCUUCCUCCCCAAGGAGGAAAAUCCCAGAGAGCUGGAAUCGGCCCACCACCCAUUUACUGCUCCCCACCCCAGUGACAUACACCUCCUGUACACUGAGCCCAAAAAGGCCCGUAGCCAACACUAUGACUUGGUUUUAAAUGGCAAUGAAAUAGGAGGUGGUUCGAUUCGAAUUCACAAUGCAGAGCUACAGCGUUAUAUCCUGGCAACUUUACUAAAGGAGGAUGUGAAAAUGCUCUCCCAUCUGCUCCAGGCUUUAGAUUACGGGGCACCCCCUCAUGGAGGAAUUGCCUUAGGGUUAGACAGACUGAUAUGCCUUGUCACUGGAUCUCCAAGCAUCAGAGAUGUCAUAGCCUUCCCAAAGUCCUUUCGGGGACAUGACCUCAUGAGCAAUGCCCCAGAUUCUAUCCCUUCGGAGGAACUGAAGCCCUAUCAUAUCCGAGUCUCCUGGCCAACAGACUCCAAAGCAGAAAGAGCUCAUUGAGUCAUGCAUACCAUCCAAAAAGUUGAGCUUUUAGGUUUUGUAUACCAUGCAGGAAGUUAGCUUUUAGGUUUUGUCCUCUUUGCUUCCCCAAGGCUAAAAUCAGAUCUAGAGUUCUGCCACAGGUCUGACAAUCAAGUCUUUAGAUGGAAGGAAUCCAGGCAACAUUCUUCGCCACAAUGAAGAAACAGAAGAUACCCAAUUUUGACUCGAUCUCAUGCAUCAUUCGGAUUUUUUUUGGUUAGGACUUUUUUUUGAAGUUCCUUUUUACUUAGGUGUGAAAGAUGGUUCUUUGUUGGAAUAAUAUAGUGGUUUAGUGUUUUCAAAUCAUGUUUUUCAUACCCAGAUAGUAGAUUAUUCACUUACGACAGAGGUAAUCAGAUCAUGUGUGAAAUGUGAGAAAAUGCUUGCCCCUGUAAACUAGUGAGUUGAUAGAGAGUUUGCUUCAUAAUCCUCAUCAAGAGAAUCAUAUAAAUUAAGCUUUAUAAUGACAUUUCAACCAUCAACAUAAUGCAAUGAGGAGUAGCAUAUUUUAUAAUAAUGCAGAAAACAUCACUGAAAUGAGAGUCACAAAUUUUUUUUCAGCCUGAGCAAGUUACGUAAACCUCUCUUAGCCUCUCUUCCUGCUAAUGUGUAGAAUACAUACUUUCCCUGGCUACUUCAUAGGGCUUUUAUUGCUGGAAUCAGAGGAGAUAACAUAUAUGGAAGAUAAGUGAAUAAAAGUACUCUGAAAAACUAUAAAGCAUUCCAGAAAUGUGAGAUGAUCUUAUCCAUCCAUAAAUAGGUAGAUAUAUCUCUAUAUAUUUAGUUUCAGAUUAAACAAAACUGACGUCAAUAGUAAAAGUCAUUUUACUUA